UGAAACGACGUAUUCCCCCUUGAAUCGGUUAUGUGGCCUCGUGAAACAGUAUCGUGAGCGUCGUUGAGGUCGAGUUAAACCAAGUUAAACCAGAGACGUGUGUGUCACUCGAUCCCGAAGAGCGGGAUAUUCCAUUCACCCCGACAUUCCCAAUUGAAAGCAUUCCCGGGCCUCCCCCGAAUUGACAAAUCCUCCCUCGCAUCGUCUGAAAUGCCCCCCCGGAUUGAUCCCCAGGUGUGCGAUCCCCGUAUCUCCAGAGUACACGAGUCAAUAAAAUGACAUCAUUGAAUCGGUCUCACUGUCGCCCAGACGACGAGAUACCCUCGUCCCCAGCUUAAUCACACAACCUCGAACUUCAAAUAAAAAUUAAAAUCAAUUCGCUGACCCUCCAAAAUCUCCCGAAUAACAUAAAUAAAUCAAUCCAUCAGUCAAUUGAUGAAAAAUAAAAGAUAAUUAGAGUGAAGAGUCGACUUAACUCGUGCAUAACCUAUGUUUCGCACAUCUGGAGAAUUUUUUUUUCUCACAAGAAGAAAAAGAGAAUCGAGAUUGUGUUAAUUAAACGUACAAAUUGACAGUGUUUACGAAGGAACUAGAACUAUCCGAGAAAGGUUAUCGUUUGCUAUUUGGAGUUUUGUGACUGCGCACUUUGUUUAUUUAUUGUCAUUGAUAAAUAAAAUUAGUACUGAGGAUUAUUCUAUUGGUGAGUGCUAGAGGAUGGAGAAGGGAGAGGAGCAGACAGCCAGUGACGUCGAUAUUGACGAUCAGGGUGAACUGAAGAAGAAUGACGAUGAUGAGGGUGAUGGCACUGACGAGCAUUACGGAUGCACACAUUAUAAGAGGAAAUCGAAAUUUGUGACACCCUGUUGUAACAAAGUAUACACGUGCAGGUUUUGUCAUGAUGAGCAAGAGACGCACACUGUGAAUCGUAAAGAGGUAACUGAGUUAAUUUGUGUACUCUGUGACACACGUCAGCCUGUCCAAGCCACUUGUCAAAAUUGCCAUUGUCGAUUUGGCAAAUACACUUGCCUAGAGUGUAAUUUAUUCGACGAUGAGGAUAAGAAUCAGUAUCACUGCGAUGGAUGUGGAAUUUGUAGGGUCGGGGGUAAGGACAGAUUUUUCCACUGCGCCAAGUGCAACAUGUGCCUGCCGGUUCAGCUACAAAAUGGUCACAAGUGCGUGGAAAAUGUGUCCCAUGCCAAUUGCCCUGUGUGUCUAGAGGACAUUCACACGAGUCGUAUACCCUGUCACAUUCCCGACUGCGGGCAUUUGCUUCAUCGUACCUGUUUCGAGGAGCUACUACAUUCCGGGCAUUAUGCCUGCCCCACCUGUCAAGUAUCAUUACUCGAUAUGACUGAUUUAUGGAGAUUUCUGGAUGAUGAAGUAACACUCACACCAAUGCCACCAGAGUACAAGGAUUAUAAAGCUGAUAUUUUGUGCAAGGAUUGCCAUGAAGAAUCUACUGUUAAAUUUCAUGUGGUUGGUCUCAAGUGUCUCAACUGUGGUAGCUACAAUACGUGUAGAAUCAAAGGCUCACCAUGUCCUGAUCCGGAUGCACCAGACGGAGCAGCAGGCGGUAGUGGAGCUGGAGAUCAAGAACAAUCCCAAGAGCACGGAUCUCAGUAGAUUUACGUAACAUUUUGAUCCCCCCCACAAUGCAAAAGUGAUGGCAAUUACCGAGAGCUUGGUGCUGAAUUUGAAAAACGAGAUACUGAGGAAGAGACAAACAUGGAGAAGAGAAUUCGUUAUCAGGGAUCGACUUUUAGCAAAUUUUUUAAUUCAUUUUUCUGCUCCGGAAGAUGUUGCAAGCCUUGUAAUAACGUUAAUCCGUUGGUGACGACGUGCAACAUCGGUCUGUGGGCAAUGUCUUUGUUAUUUUUUGUUCUUCAUAUUUUAUAGAAAUAUUACGAUUGACGAAUCGAAAACGAAAAUCAUUGUUUAUGAGUAUGUUUUGAAGUGUUGUUCGGCUCAAAUAGUUGAAUUCCUGUCGUACUGAUAAUAUUUACUUCAUUCCAAGAGAGAAAAAGAAGAGAAAGCGAGAAUAAGCAUGGGAUCAAUCAGAGAAACGAUUCACUUACGCAGACAUCUUAUUAAGGAUGUUUAUGCAUUUUUCGCAAAACUCAUUUUCCCAUGUUCGAGGAAAAUUCUGUAAUUUUUUAUAAUAACUGAUUCACAUAUGAAGCUAAGAUUUUUAAAAAACAAAAAAAUUAAUUGCAGUAGUUUUGACUAGAGUAAAGAAACAGAUUUCUUCGUAUACACGAACUCUGAUGGGAUUUAUUUUGGAAAUUGAUGAUUCACCUGCCAAAAGACUCCAAACAUGAAAAAUAACAAGCAGGGGACAGCGCGCUAUGUGACAGUGAGCAUGUCACUGAGUGAUGUCUUGUUUUUUUUCGCCAUCAAUACAUUGAUGGCGGGCUUCCGAAUGGUCUGAAAUUACCAAAGUUUAUAGGUUCACAACAAUAACUAACAGCAAUAAUUUCAGAUGGUUACUGCCCCCUCGAUGUGUGCUAUCAAAAUUCCGGUGUUUCGAAUACUUCGUAUGAGCAGGAAUACAUGUUUUGAUUGAUUUAUAUA